AUGAACGAUGCGGGUUUUGCUGCUGUUCCUGCUGCUGCUGCUGCUGCUGCUGCUGCUGCUGUUGCUGCUGCUGCUGCAGAGAAUGGAACGCAGGGAUUGCUGCCUUCGAGUCGCAAUUUGCUGCUGCAGCUGCGUGGCGGUUUGUCUGUUCAAGUGCAGGCCAUGAACGGGAAGCUAAUAACAGUGGAGGAUGUAAACCCUUCUUCUACUGUGCGAGAGCUGAAGCAGCUGCUGCAGCAGCGAGAAGGCCUAAGCCCUGAGGAGCAGCGCCUAAUUGUAGGCGGGAGACACAUGAAAGAUGAAGACACUCUAGCCUCCUACAACCUCUCCUUUAAGUCGCAGCCUGCUGUAUAG